AUGCACCUGGCCCUCACCACUGUGCUCCUGUGGGCAUGGGGGAGUCUCCAGGCCUUUGAAAUUGUAGAGAAGGAAAACAUUUUUCAGAAGACCCCCUGCCCUGCUUUCCUGAUGUUUGAAAAUGCAGCCUACUUGGCCGACAUGAGCUUUGAGCUUCCCUGUCACUGCAAACCCGAAGAGGUGCCAGCUGUAGUCUGGUUCUACCAAAAGCACCUAGGUAGCAGCCACACCAAAGUGCUGACGGACUUCGAUGGGCGGGUGCUGACAGAGGCAGCCCAGGUACGUGUGGGCAGCGACAUGCUGACCCGCUUCAGCAUCCGCAUGUUCAGCCUGUUGGUUUUCAGGGCUCAGCCUGAGGACUCGGGCCUGUACUUCUGCGGCACCCGCAAGGGGGACUACUUUUACGCCUACGAUGUGGACAUCCAGAACAGUGAGGGAAUGGUGGCCACCUUCCAGGACGAGGGCCAGGAGCCCUUUGCAGAUGAAUACUAUGGGCACCUCCAUGUCUUCACCACCUUCUGGGAAUGGACCCCCUGUGACCGCUGCGGGGUGCGUGGGGAGCAGUGGCGCAUCGGCCUCUGCUACCUGCAGAGCCCAGACCUCUCCCCACGCUACCUCAAGGCGGUGCCCGAUGUGGUGUCCUGUGGUUCAAGGGCUGUACCAAGGAAGCUGCAGACCAAGGCCAGGCACCACACCCCUGAGCUGCUGGUUCGGAGCUGCAUAGUACCCUGUGAGAAGACGAAGACCAUCCGGGAGGGUGUGCUGGCCAUCAUUAACUAUGUGUCCAAAGUGGGCAGCCGGCCCUGGGUGCCCCAGGUGCCCAUUCAGUUCCACCAGCAGAGACUGGGCCAUGGACUCAUCAUCUCCUGUCCCGGGGCCCGGCCAGAGCAUGCGGUGGCCUGGGACAAAGACCGCCAGCACCUCUACCGCACACAGUACCUGAAGGGUGUCAACAGGUCCAUGAGGGUGUUCAUUGACCACGGCAACCAGCUCCACAUCCGCUUCACCCAGCUGGAUGACCGGGGCAUCUACUAUUGCUGGAGGCAGGGUGUGCGAGUUGCUGGCUUCCGGCUGGGCGUGACAUCUCGUGGGCGCUACCCAGCCUCGUUGUCGGAUCCUGAGACUCGCUCGGCCGUGGAGCUCACCCUGAUAGGCUACCUGUUCAUCACGGCAGUCUUCGUCACCAUUCACCUCUGUCGCUGCUGCUGUUACUUAUUUCAGUGUUGUCCCAACUUCUCCCCCUAGGAUCUCUCUUUGCCCAGCUCUGACGACCAGUUGUCCUUCAAUGUGUUUGUUAAAUGAUACCAGAUGUCUCUGGGUGGGUACCCGGGGUGGGACGUGUGGUAGGAACAUGUGGACAAAUCUGUUAGUUAUAGCCUGCUCCCCGUUUUCAUGGGCAGGUCUGGGGCCUGAUCUGAGAAGUGGAGGGACUUGAGACUGGUGGGAGAUUGGGGACUGAGGUCAGGAUGGAAGUAGUUAGGGUACAUGUGUUUCCUGACUUCACACUUAGGUCAGAGAAGGAAGGCGUGAACUCAGAUUUAUCCAGUGGUAAACACUGAUCAGUGUUGA